GAAGGGGGCGUGGCCAGGGGCGGCAGUUGGCGGAGGGAUCCUGCGCGCGCGGAGUGCGGCUGAGAGGCGGUUAAGUGGGUUCCGGCUGUGGCUUCUGCCUCCUCUCCCGACGCCGCCGUCGUCGCUCCUCGAAGCCUCCGGACGCUUCAGCCGCUGCUUGUCGCUCGCCAUGGCUGACCAGCUUACUGAAGAGCAAAUUGCAGAAUUCAAGGAGGCCUUCUCCCUCUUCGACAAGGAUGGGGACGGGACCAUCACUACUAAGGAGCUUGGCACUGUGAUGAGAUCUCUGGGGCAGAACCCGACUGAGGCUGAACUGCAAGACAUGAUCAAUGAGGUGGACGCUGAUGGGAAUGGCACCAUUGACUUCCCAGAGUUUUUGACCAUGAUGGCAAGGAAGAUGAAGGACACAGACAGUGAGGAGGAAAUCCGGGAGGCUUUCAGGGUGUUCGAUAAGGACGGGAAUGGCUAUAUCAGUGCAGCCGAGUUGCGUCACGUGAUGACAAACCUAGGGGAGAAGCUGACGGAUGAGGAGGUGGAUGAAAUGAUACGGGAGGCAGACAUUGAUGGGGAUGGGCAGGUCAACUAUGAAGAAUUUGUGCAGAUGAUGACCGCAAAGUGAAGCCUGCAGAGCGGGCGGCUGGCAGUGCCCAUUCUCCUUCGAUACUUUUUUCUCCAACACACUCUCUCUACUUAAGUAACCUGGUUCUCUAAGCAAACAAUCGGCUGUGGAAUAAAUCUGACCAAGCAAUUAAAAAAAGAAAUCUUCCAAGCUGCAUGAUAGCACUCCCCUCUUCCUCUUCUUGCUCUUCCUUCCUCUUUUCCCUUCCUCCUCCUCUUCCUCCCAGUGCAGCCCCUAAAACCCCAGAGAACCCCCAGCCUUGUGGAUGUCUUUGUUUCCAUCGGGUCUUCUGUUCUGCGGUCUGUGCUGGCCCUUCUAGGGCGCCGAUUCUUUCUUUCUUUCAAGAAUCCACACGAUGGGGUGGAGAGAGCUCAAACCCUUCUUAAUCGUGUUGCAUGUGUCUGGCACUGUGGUUGUGCGCGUUGACCUGGCGGUCUCCACCAAAGGUCUUGCCCCAAAGAACACCAGGGGUAUAAGGAAGAAACUGGGGGGGGGGUCCUUAGUUUAAUUGGGAGGGGGGGAGCCAUCCAAAACACUUGGAACGUGUAGCUGAAAGUGGAUUCCAGAGAGCUCCAUCAGCAUGAUGGGGGAAGAGGCUGAGGGGGGGGGGAGGUUGACAAUUGGCUCUUCAAAUAAAAUAAAAGUGCCCCCCCCACCAACAAACCACCCGCAACUUCAACUUUUGUCUCUGCUCUUUAACCCUGUAUAAAUUGUAAAUGUCCUUCCAGUUUCCUAAGCGUUUUUGUCCAGACAUCGGAGCUGCUAUGUAAAUACCUAAUUCUGCAGGCCUGUUUGGGUUGCCCGCGGAUGCUUUGAUUGGCAGCUGGGGGAGGGGGGAAGGGGGUAAAGUGUGGGGAUGGAGCCGCAAUAAAACAGUGAAGCCACUGCUGAGUGAAUGCAAUCUGCGCCAGGACUCCUCCCCCCCCAGCCCCCUUCGUGUGAUGCUUUUUUUGUAGUGGCUCUUGAUUAAUGCUCGUCCCGCUGCAGCUUGGCUUUGAAUGUCUGUGCUCUUGAUGUUGCUUUCCUUCGCCUGCGCACCCCCCUCCCUUUCCUUGCGGCAGACGGCAUGAGCCGCAAAUUGGCUUCUCUUUUUUCACAUUUAUUUUUUAAUCAAUAACAACAACAAAAAGUUUGGGAGGGGAAACUGAAACCAGCAGCGGAAUUUCCCUGAAACCGGGUGAAUGAAGAGUGCUUUGCGCGCAGUCCAUGGAUGGAUUUGACCACGCCUCCUUUAUUUCCGGUCUUCUGCACCCCUUGCGUGAGCAGAGGUGGAGUGGUCUUUGCCCAAGAGCUUGGAGAGGGGCGUGGGGGCAGGUUGGAACGAGGGUGUCUUUGAAAGCAGGUGGUGUUGUGUUCAGUUCAAGCUGUGAAAAUAAAAUUAUAUCAAUGUUUUCCAAUAAAAUGCAGUGACUACCUGAAA